AUGGCCUCUCACCUCCUGCUGCUCCUGCAGCUGCUCGUCUGCUGCCCCCAGAGCUCGGGGGCGUCCCCUCCCCGUCUCCAGCCAUCCCCCCUGCGGGUGAGCUGCCCGGGCCCUCAAGGCCGAGUCUCUCAGCGGCAGGACAACGAGCACAGGGUCUCGUGCCUGUGGAACAGCACCGUGACCCUGCGUUACGGGCCCGUCCCGGGAGCAAGGCCGGAGAUAGAGUGGACAGAGGGGCAGCCGCCACCCCCACCUCGCUGCUUCUGGUACCUGAACUCGGCCUGUGUGAGGAACACAUCGCGCUGGUCAGGCCAGGUGGUGCUGCAGGCAGGACACGCUCCUCCGCCCGGGGCCUCCAGUCUCCUUACGGUGCAGUGCUCCUCUGCUUCCUGCGCUGCACCCGUGUGCUUUCAUCAGAACGUGAGCAUCGAGAUCUCCGUGCAGGACGUGCGGCUGUUCGUGCUUUGGCCGCAGACACGUCUGAUCCACGUGUGGCAGCCAGUGGAGCUGGGCUGGUGUGCACGCCUCAAGAGUGCCCGCUGGCAGUACCACUUCAGCAGCAGGGGAGGCAGCCCUUCGACCCUUCUCCUUCCCAGCAGUGAGUACCAAGACCCACUGCCACCUGCUGUCUACCCAACAGCUGAGCUGCAACAGACCUGUGCCAGCUACCACAGCUACCGCUUGACUGUGCACUACGGAAACCAUGGGAUCCAUGUUGCUUCGGUCACUAUCAAGCAGAUGCCUCAGAUAAGCCUCAGCCUCUCUCUCAAGGUGGAGCCCGACUUGCUGCAUGUCCUCAGCGUUGGCUCCAAGCUCCUUAGUGUUUCUCAGCAGCCCCUCAGCUUGUCCUGGAGGCUUCAGCCCCUUACCCUGAGCACACUUGCCUACAGACUGGUGGACAGACAGGCUAUAGGAGGUUGGCUCUGCUCCUACAGUUCCUUUAUGACACAGAGCAACUUCUGUGCCAUAUCCACACCUCAAAGCCAGAGCGAGAUAGUUGUGGCCAGUGUUUACUUUCAUGUUGAUGGAAGGAGGUUCGAAGAACUGUCAGGAGAACUGCACCUACUCAAUGGUACCCUGAUCCUAACCACAAACAGACAAACUCCCACCCACAUCAAUCUUCACCCGAGGAAGACCAACAGCAGCAUAUACAUUUUCAGGUACAGCCAGGGAACAUUUUACACAUAUGAGGAAAACAACAGCCCUAUUUUCACAGAUCACCCUAACACACGUAUUGUCUUCUACCAACACAAAGAGCUCUCCUACUUACUCACCAUAGAGUUUGUGGCCUUCCAGUGGUAUAAGUUCAACAUGUAUCUUUAUAUGAAUCAGCAGAGGGCUUUGUUUAGGUCUCUGGCAGAAAGAGACCUUGAAGUACAUGUUUUCAGUAGCCGUCCUUCUUUUCUGCAGAACUUUACUUAUUUAGUGUGGUUUAUCCCCACCCAACAUCCAAUGCUGCAGUGUGAGUGGACUUUCCAUCUGCAGCUCUUGGGAACACAAAAAGACCACAUUGUCCAGAACAGCACGUACACAUACAGUGAUCAUGUAAAAAACGCCACACGUUUUGUCCGUCGCUCUGCUUUACCCUUUGAUGCAGAGAAUUACACGGGCUUUGUGGCAAAGGUGAACUGUACUGGCAGUGUACCUACACCAGCUCUUCUAAGAGUCAGAGUCAACAACUAUACUGAAAAAACCAUAGAAGCACCAGUGGUUUGCCAGCAAAAAGAGUGUAAGAUAGCCUUGGUGUGGAUUCAGAGAACUGAUCGCAAAGCAAUAAUCCUGUACCGGAAAAGGGCAGAAUCUUUUUAUCUCUUUGUCAGAUUGCUCGUAGAAUGCCAGACUGGUAUAAAUGUGAAGCCAUUUUGGCGCAUCUAUCCUGUUAAGGACACAAAAACUGCACCGGACUGGUCAAAACCAAUUAACUCUUCUGCCUUUUUUGGCAUAGAAAUGAUACAUUUAACUAUUCCCAGUAAUAGUUUAGAUUACGGAUUGUAUCUGUUUUAUUUCACUGUUGAGGUAAUCCCGAUUAGGACCACACAAGUCCUCAGGGGCUCAGACAGAAUUUAUGUUCAGAUCGAGAGAGCUGAUCUAAUCGCAAAUAUUUCAGGAGGUGAUUUCCGCAUGGUGGGUUUUUCUGAAAGCUGGACUCUUGAUGGCUCUGCAUCCUCUGAUCCUGAUUCACAGGAAGGAUCAAUCUCAUUUACUUGGUACUGCACUAGAGAUUGGACAGAUUAUCAAACCAUGAAGUUCAAGCCAGGAAACAAAUGCCAUCCAUCCCAGAAGGAUUUGCGCUGGUUAACACCCUCAGGUCCCAUUCAAAGAAUUCCAUCAGAAUCCCUCCCAGGAAGAAGCAUAUACUACUUUCGCUUAGUGAUUCAUAAGGGCAGAAGGUUAAGCUAUGCUGAUCAAGUUGUAGAGGUGGAGGCCGGCCCCCCUCUCUAUCUGGACGUGACAUGCCUUGAAAACUGUGGUGGCACUUUAAUUCCAACUGAGAGAUUUGCCUUGGCUGGUAAAUGCUUAAACUGUAAACCAAUCAACAAGCCGGUCUACUACUGGUCCCUUUUGUCAGGCAGCUCUACAGAAAUUAGUUUUGAUUGGUCUUCCAAAACAUCAACGGGGAGGUCUGGGGCUUACCUGUCUAUACAUGCUCUGACUUUCACAAGGUCUGCAUAUCCAUCCUACACACUUCACUUAAAAGUAAGUACCUGGGAUGGUAGGACGUCAAUCUACAGUAAAACAUUCAGGGUAAACACUCCUCCUCGGGCCGGCAGGUGUAACGUAAAUCCACGUCGGGGUAUAGCCUUUCUGACAAAAUUUGUGGUUAAAUGCAAAGGAUUUUCUGACAGCAAUUUACCUCUGACAUAUAAAGUGAUAGUAGCUUCCAAUGUACCCGAAACUACCAAAGUAACUUCUGUGGUGGAAAACACGUUUGGCACAAUUCUGUACUUUGGUUCUGAGCCUAAAACUCCUCCAUCUUUUCUCCCACCUGGAGUAUCCUCUCACAGGAACAGCUUGACACUUUAUGUUCAAGUCCGUGAUUCCCUUGGGGCGUUUACCCAAGUGACUUUGCAUGCCCACGUCCGGAACCCAGCAAACACUCAAUUACUCCCUGCUGUGUUUCGGGAACUGCUGGCCUCAGCAAGCAGUUUAAGCACAGCUGGUCCAAAGACUGGGGAUGAUCUUAGAGCUGGUUAUUUGGCUUAUCUGGCAGCUUCAAUCUUAAACUAUGUUAAAACUGUAUCAAGUCCCCAGUUCCCUCAGGCUAAGUUUCGGGAAACCCUGGUUAAAACAGCCCUGAAUAUUUCAGUUAAGAGCAUUAUGGGAGUCAACCAAGUAGUGGCUGUUCUUUCUGAAGUCACAGAGGAAGUUGAUGAAAUGAACAUUAGGUCACAAGGCCUCGCCGUUAGGAAACUGACAGAAGUAACAGGAAUUCUGAAGAUACAGAGAAAUCAGAUCCAUUGGUCUGAGGAAGCAGAAAUUCAGACCAGUGGAAUACUGAGAUGCUUGUCCAACAUCCUGAGGUCUGAUCUUACGGAUCUCAAGAAUGUCAGUGCAGAUGGAAUUGAACAAGUCUUGUCCAUCAUGGAAGGUGUAACAGAGGUAGCUUUCCGGGGCAAAGUCCCUGGAGAAAUAGAAACUCUAAUGGAAACAAAGCACUGGAAUAUCACUCUGAAGAAAGGCGAAGCCUGGAACACUGCAAAUGCUUUCCCUACCAGUGACACCUGCAGGAAUUGCUUUUAUCCAACACUGAAAAAAGGAAAUGUUUCAGGAUUUCCCCAGGAUACUGUGUUUUCCACUGCCCUUUUUGAGUUUGAUGAGACCCCCUUCCCUUGGUUAGGUUAUACAGCACAAAUCAGAACAAUGGUCUUGGGGUUUAAAAUGGCAGAGACUAAGGCUAAUGGGGAUCUAGUUGCGAUCGUGCCUGAAAGAGCAGACAUUUUUGUUGCCAGGAAAGGUAAUGGAUCUACAACUUUUCAGUUAAUAAUGGGACCUGAUACAACACAAUCUUACACAACUGGAGGAUUUCGUUUUGAGGUCAGCAGGAAUACCACGAGCAUAUAUUUCCAGAUUACAACAAAACUAAAAGCUACUUUCAAGGUGAAAAUAUUUACAGGUGCCAAUGUCACUCAUGCUCAGCCCACAGCCUUGUUUACUGCUUUUCACAACAUGUCAACAGUUACAAGUGGAAAUGAGACAACCAGUCCUGAGUGUAGCAUUAAGGGUCCCUAUAUUAUCUGUCUCCCAAAGUCGCUGCUGACAGCCAUAGCUCAGGCAAAUGGCACAGACAAGCAGAACAUCUCCAUUGUCUUGGAGACACGCUAUGUUGUAAGGUACCCAACCCGGAGACUGGUGGGCAUAUACGUUUUUAAUGACCAGUGCCUAUUUCUGGAUGGGGUUGGAAGUCCAUGGAGCAGAGACACAUGCAAGGUUGGCUCCAAGACUGACUGGCAGAAGGUACACUGUGUCUGUGACAUGGCACGGAAGGGCAGGAGUGCGCCAGCCCAAACUGCAACCAACAUCAAGUUCCUGGCAGCCAAAGUAGUAGUUCUUCCCAACACAGUAGAUCUAGGAAGAAACCUGAUAGCAAACAUACCUAGAAACCCGCUGACCCUCAUAACAGUGGCCUCUAUUUUUGCUGUCUACUUUCUUUUGUGCAUCUGGGCCAUAAUAAAAGACAGAGCUGAGAAGGAGAUCAAAUACAUUAUGGUUCUGCCAGACAAUAGCCCCUCUGAUGAAGGGAGCUUUUUGGUCACUUUGUACACAGGCAGUCGCUGGAAAGCUGGAACCAAAGCAGAUGUUGCUCUGCAGCUCAUUGGCCAGAAUGGCAAGAGUAAAUUCCGUUGUUUAUGGCACCACCCUUCUCCAGCUUUCCAGCGGGGAAGCACUGAUUGCUUUCUGAUAACCACUAAGAAAGACUUGGGAGAAAUUUAUUCCUUCAAGAUAAGGCUUAAUAACGAUGGCUCAUCUCCAAGCUGGUUCUUAAGCAGAGCUGAAAUUGAGAACACGUCCAACAGGAAGGCCUGGUCCUUUAUGUGCAGAAAAUGGCUUUCUUGUGCCAAGGACAAUCCCUCAGAAGAGUGGAAAUUUUCUGUCACAGACCCCAGGACACCUCUACCCAGAAUCGACUAUUUUCUUAUUAAUUUUAACAAGAGGAUGACAGAGUACCAUCUGUGGUUCUCAAUUUUUGCCCCCACUGUCACUGGCGCUUUCACCAGGUUCCAAAGGUUGUCUACAUGUUUAGCAGUAAUAUUAUUCAACUUGCUUGUUAACAUUAUGUUCUUUAACACUGAUAAGAAUGAAGAAUCUCCAAUAUACCUGAGGUAUUUGAGAUCAAUAGCAGUAGGAAUUGAAUGUGCUUUGCUUACCAUCCCCGUGGAAAUGCUAAUAAUUGCCUUAUUUAAGUAUUCCCAGAAGGAGCCUACUCCUGUAGUGACUAAGAUGUACCCAGAGGCCAAGCCUGAGUCCUGGAAUAAUUGUGUACUACCUGAAAAAGUUGCAAAUAUCAUUGAAACAGAGGAGCAGAUGAUUGAUGCAAAAUCCCCUCCAGGGGCUUCAUCCUCCCGGAGGAUGUCAAAGUCCAGUUUUACUACCAGUUAUGCAGAAGGGAGCAUUUUUCUGAAGCGAAGAAAAUCAUUAAGCAGUACCAUCAGGGAACUUCGUAAGUGCCCGGCCACAGAGCCUGUUCUUUGGUGGUGGUGUGUGCCUGUCUCGUGGGCACUGGUUGUGGCUAUAACUACGCUGUCCUCGUUUUUCAUUGUAUUAUACGGUUUGUCCUAUGGCUACCAGACUUCACGGGAGUGGCUAAUUGCAUCUGGAACCUCCUUCCUUCAGAACGUGUUUCUCCAUUCGAUUCUGAAAUCGGUGCUUUUCUCGGCUCUGAGUACAAUGCGCCCAAAAUUUUGUGAAGAUAUCACCUGGGUUACCCAGGAAAAGCACGUAGAGAUAAACGCAGCUGAAGGAACUAAGAGUGCUGGUGAAAGACACGUGCACGUUAAACCCGCUGAAAUCAGAGGUACCAGGCAGCAGCCUGGUACAGCCCCUGGAAACAUGCUGAAAAGGGCAAAAAUUAAAAUAAAGGCAUUUCUUUUCAUGCAAGUUUUCAUCAGUCAUCCUGUCAUUUUAUCAGUGCUAUUAACAACUACAGCCAGGCCCUGA